GCAGGUGUUAAUCUCCGUGAACAAUGCACUUAUGCACAUGUAUGCCUGUUGUGGUGAAAUCAAGGAUGCUUAUAAGAUAUUCAUGGAAAUGCCCGAGAGAACCAUAAUUUCUUGGAAUACAAUGAUAACUGGUUUCGCCAAACAGGGCUAUGCAGGAGAGGCUCUCACCAUAUUCCGGGAGAUGGAAACUUUAAAAGCUAAGCCGGACGAAAUCACAAUCUUGGGCAUAUUAUCUGCGUGUAGUCAUGCCGGUUAUGUCAAUAAAGGCCGGUUUUACUUUAAAAGAAUGAGAGAGUGUUAUGGAGUGGAGCCAAGAGUACAACAUUAUGGUUGCAUGGUUGAUCUCCUUAGUCGCGCUGGACUCUCACAUGAAGCAGAGAGACUUGUCAAGUGUAUGCCUAUGGUGCCAAACAAUGCCGUGUGGGGUGCUCUUCUAAGUGGCUGCAUUAUUCACAAGAACUUAAGCAUUGCUUCAGUCGUUGCACAGAAAUUUACAGUCGAGGUCGAACAACCCGAAAGAUCAGCAGGCUAUUUCAUGCUCUUGGCAAAUGUGUAUGCCACUCACAAGAGGUGGACCGCGAUGGAUAGCGUGAGACGGAAAAUGUUUGAGAUCGGAGUGAGGAAACAUCCAGGCCAAAGUUGGAUCCGAGUUGGUGGGGUCGACCAUGAUUUUUUUGCUGGUAACCGAAAUCACAAAGAGACUUAUCUGGUCUAUGAGAUGGUUGAUGAAAUCACUGGGCAGGCUAAGGAUGUUUUUACUUGGACUGUCAUUUGCUGGUCUGGUCUGGCCUGGUCUAGUCUGGUCUGGUCUGUUUGAAACUGACUAAGUAAUGCCCGGUAUGCUGGAAGUGUAUAAGAAGACUCAUACCAGACGUGAUGAAUCUCAGGUGAACCAGAAGUGAGUUUUAUCAGUGUGUUUUAACUUUUAUCAGGUUAAAUGUGUAACAUUCCAUUACAAUUGAACUUGAUAAAUAUUGAAUUGUUAGCACUUAGCAAUGUGGUUUAAUUUACUAAAUCAUAUUGAGUUUAGGAAAUGUGCUUUGUGAAUGUUGGUUAAAGAAUCUAAAUUUGUACUCCCCGUGCCUGGUUAAGCUUCUUCAUCUUCACAAAAAUGUAGGGUUGUUUACUUGUAGGCUAAAGAAAUGUUGGUUAAAGAAUCUAAAUCUGUAAAAGCUAGUAUGUCUACUUACUCAAAGAAAUGUGUAAUAUAAUCCUGAUUAUUUUUGUUCUAUUGGGUUUUGACAUAUUAUUUAUUAAACUUUGUUUGUAUGCUAGGUGCAGGUGCAAUUUCAAGGUACACUAGCUAGCUGCCUUGUGUUUAAUGAUCAGAUUGGUUGUCUAAGUUACACUAGAUGUGUAGUGUUUAUCAGAUUGGUUGUUAAAAUUACACUAGUUGCAUAUAGUAGUUGUUGAUAUGUUCUUUAUUUGUUUAAAUAUACUAGUGACACGUGCACAUUGUUUACCAGAUUGCUUGUUUUUAUACUAGAGUUAUGAACACCUUAAGACUUAUGGGCAGUGAUUUUCCUAAGUUGAUUGCCUAUGAUUGUCUGUAAUUUAAUUUUAAUAUUGCAGAUUAGCAAGGAGCAUAGCAAAGAAACAAGUGAUGAUGAAAAUGAUGAUGAGGAGCAUGAUGAUUAUGAUGAUGAUGACCAUGAUGAUUAUUAUGAUGAUGAAUAUUCUCUCUGAACUAAUGUGUUGUCUUCAAACAUUUAGAUCUAGUUAGUUUUGUUUUAUACAGAUUUCAGGUAUUUUG